GACACACAUGUAUUGCUAGACUGGAAAUAAUAUUUUAGUCAACAAUAAUAAUAAUACAGUGUUUUUGUUAUUAUUAUUAUUAUUAUUAUUAACUAAAUUGAGAUCACAUUUAUGUCUUCACACACACAUUCAGUGACCACUUUUUUUUUCUCGUCGGUGCUAUCAAUGAAUUAAUAAUACAUUUUUUUGUUUUACUUUCCCGACUACUAUAGUUGUCACCGACCGAUCGAUUCGCGCGGAUUAUUGUUGUGGCCAUACAAACAAACAAUGUGGUCAUCGUCCGCCGCCGCCGCCGCCACCUCCUCCUCCUCCUCCUCCUCCUCGGCCACAAAUUAAGGUCAACAACAGUUUGCGCGGACAGAUCAGCUGCUACUGCCGCGGUAGCCAUCAAAUGAAGAUCGUUGGCCGCGAUGAGCUAACAUACGACCAAUUGGUCCAAUUGACCAGUUAUGCCUAUGUAGCGUGUGUCGAACCCAUACAAGUGGUCAAACGCCGGGCCCGUCAAUUGGCCAGUGGUCAGUGGAAGGAAACCAAUACUACUACUAUAGCCAGCAAUAGUCGGACGAGCAAUGAUGGCCAGAAGCAGCUGCAGUCUUCAACGACAUCGGCAGUAAAGUCGUCGCCGACGCCAACGCCGCCACUGCCGAAACAGCAUAAGAAACGUAAACGAAAGUUCGGGUUUUCGACAAAUUCCAGUUCAAAUAAACGCCGUAAACGUGACGACAGUUAUCGGCGAUUUGUAUCGGAAGACAGAUAUUUCAUCGAAAAGAUAGUCGACUUGAGAUUGGCUACGGAUGGAGAGCUUAUGUAUCUAAUCAAAUGGCGCGGCUAUGAUAACGACAGCGACAAUACAUGGCAACAGAGCGACGAUCUGUUUGAUUGUCAACAACACUACAGGAACUACUUUGACAAACUGUUUACCGCCGACACCGACGCUGCCAUCACUACUACUACUACUACUACUAUGUCUGCACCGGUAGUAGUCAUGUAUACGAUUCAUGAGUUUCGGAAACUGAUGAACUGUUUAUCGUUGACAAUGAGCUCCAAGUUUGAUACGGCAGUACUCUUGCGAUUGAAUGAUAUGACUGUCGAAGUGUUUGAUCGAAAUGAGAAGACAACCAGAAAAUUACGAUCAAAUCUGGAGAUCUAUAGGUUGGCUAUGAGACGAAUGUAUCGUAAGAUGAGAGUCAAUCGAUGCAAACCGGCCGACAAUUUUUGGCCACAACGGCUACUGAUCCAGCAUUUGGUACGGGAGUUGAGAAUUGACAAGAAUUUCGGUAGUCUGGAGAAGUUGUUCGAGUUUGUCGAAGAUAGGUAUUUGGCACGAAUUGAACUGAAGGAAUGGGCCGACGAUAUCAAUGGACAGUUGGCUUCGUUGGGUUUUACUGGCGAUUGUAUAUCAGUUGAGAACAAUGCCGAUCUGGAGGUUCCGCCCAAAAUCAAAUAUCUAAGCGAAUACAUGCUGAACGAUAACGUCAGUGUCGAUACCAGUCGAUUGUUGAUACGCGGCUGUUGUCAAUGUCCCGGCGAUUGUCUUACGAGAAAGUCGUGUUUGUGCGAAAAUAAACUACAAAAAAACAAGAACCAGUUCCAGACUAGUUAUGUACUGUACGAAUGUAAUGCAAGUUGUCUGUGUAAUCCUCAGCGAUGUCCCAAUCGACGGGUACAGAAGGGCCAGAUUGGCCGUAAUUUAAUGAUCUACAAGACAACCGGUCGCGGUUGGGGUGUAUUGACUACGAAGAAGAUCCAGAGAUAUGAUUUUGUUUUACAAUAUUUAGGACGAAUACUCGAUAGCCAACAGACAUACUAUCGCUACGACGAUACCUAUAUGUUCAAUAUUGACGAAGAAUUUUGCGGACAAACCGUUUUUAUUGACGCCAAAUACUAUGCAAACAUUUCCCGAUUUGUCAAUCAUUCGUGCGAACCGAAUCUAUCGUCGCAUAUGACAGUCUUGGGUAAUGGCGAACAGAUUCCCCGAAUUGCAUUCUUCGCCAAUCGUGAUAUCAAACCGUACGAAGAAUUAACCUACGAUUACAAUCGUAUAACGUUUUCAGUUGAUCUCAACGGUAUAUUUGCAAACAACAACUCGUCGUCGACAGCCGAUGAAGUGGCUUCAGUGGACAGUGGCUAUACGUCAUCGUCGGGUACCACCACCACCACCUCUACCACUACCACCACCACCAACAACAACACUACUACUACUAGCGCUAGUCAUCCUCCAAGACAUAUCACUGCCAUUGAUUGUAUGUGCGGAUCAGCUAAAUGUAGAAAAUUUAUUUGAUAGUGUUUUUUAUUUAAUUAGAAAAAUAAGUAUACAGUAUAACAAACUAAACAGGUACACCCACCCUAAC